AUGGACAUUGUAGCACUCAGCGAGACUCGGUUGUCCGAACAAGGUCAGCUGGAGGAGGUGGGUGCCGGCUACACCUUCUUCUGGAGCGGUCGCCAUAAGGCAGAACGACGAGACGAGGGUGUCGUCUUUACCAUCCGGACUGCCCUGUCUGUCGUAGGGCAUCGACGAUCGCCUGAUGAGCCUCCGUCUUCCUCUCCGAGGAGGCAAAUUCGCCCCCAUCGCCUACGUUCCGCCGAUGACCAGCCUCGACGCCGCACGGGACAAAUUCUUGCAUGCUCUCCUGGAGACUCUGUCGAGGGCGGAUAA